AUGACUGCCACCACCGAACCGUCGGCCACUCGCAAGCGUAGCAAAAGCCAGAGCAACCUCGAAAGGCCAGCUGCAAGGGGUAUAAUAGCCAAAUCAAUCCCCAUGUCCAAGACGUCCCAGAGCGCCGAGCUGGAUGAGUACACGGAAAGCAUGCGACAUUUUCUAGCAACCCUGGAGCAAUCGAAUGCCAAUCAGACCCACGCCGGACGUUGCAGGAACAGAUCUGGCACCCAGAGUCAUAGUAGUGGCAGCGACAGCAACAGCGGCAGUAGCAGUGGGAGGGAGAAGUCUCCGGAAUUUCAAUGGAUGGACCUUGCCAGCCUCAGGAGGAAGCAUGAUUCCACAAACUUCGAGGAUGGCUUAAUUGGUAAUGGCAGCUGUGUGACCAAGGGCCCGGCGAGAUUGUCAGGCCGUCAUCACCAUCACCGUCACUGUAUCAGCAAAGAUACUGCCCGUCAUCAUCAUCAUCGAGAAUGCCGCACUGCAGACCCAACGGGCAAGGCUCAUUUGAGCAAGAAGCACGCGGCACAUGCGGCGAAGACCAAGGCGAGUUCGCAGGCCAGGGCAAUCUCGUGUCCGUCAUCCGAGAAAAACUAUGAGUGA